UUAAAACAAUUUUGUAUUUAGUUUUGUUCGCAGAUUUCACAGUGUUAUGUUGCAGUUACAGCAACUCUCGGAAGUACAAUAAGAAACUGUAAACUGAUGGAUUAUUAUUCGCACAGCAGUUAAAGUUUUGUGAAACUAACUAAUAUUAUGUGUAUUAGUGUAAACCAGUAUAAAAUAUAAAAACUUGAAAUGAAAUCCAAUCCUGCAUCAAAUCAUGUGUAUAUCAAUGAUGCACUUAAGUGCUCUACAAUAAGCAUAAAUUUAAAUAUACCGGAACAAAAUUACAGUGACUACAGCAUAGAAGGUGGCUCUCAGGGAUCCAAGGAGUUUAUAUUAACGGAAGAUGGCAAAAAAGUAAAUCCAGAGCCGUCAAGGAGCAUCACCGAGUAUACGGGGAGAUGCUUAAAAAAUUGUCAAAAACGAAUAUUUAAUAGGAAAACGCUCCACAAGAGACUCCCGAUUCUGGACUGGCUGCCGGGCUAUAAAAGCGAGGAUGCAAUUUGCGACCUUGUGGCCGGCAUCAGUGUCGGACUCACUGUCAUUCCCCAAGCACUGGCGUACGCGGGCAUUGCCGGUCUUCCGGUGGCGUAUGGAUUAUAUUCGUCGUUUGUAGGCUGUUUUGUGUAUAUCUUUCUGGGCUGUUGCAAGGAUGUGCCAUUGGGUCCUUCAGCAAUUGUUGCCUUGAUGACAUAUCAGGUUGCAAAAGGUUCCUGGCAGAAAUCCGCACUACUCAGUCUUCUGUGCGGCAUGGUGGAGUUACUGAUGGGUGUCUUUGGAUUGGGUUUCCUAAUUGACUUUGUUUCUGGACCUGUUGCCUCGGGUUUUACUUCGGCCGUCUCUCUGAUUAUUCUCACCUCGCAAAUUCAGAGUGUCUUGGGCAUAACGGCCAAUGGCAACACAUUUGUGGAAAUCUGGAGACAGGUUUUCGCCAACGUACAACAAGCUCGUGCCGCGGACACUGUCCUCGGAAUAACCUGCAUUGUGGUGUUGUUGAUAAUGCGUACUUUAUCCUCCUGUCGCAUUGGACCGGAACAAGAUGAACAGCGUUCAGGACUUCAGCGUGUUGUGAAUAAAGUGAUUUGGAUCAUUGGCACUGCUCGUAAUGCCAUUCUGGUCAUUGUCUGCUGCAUUAUGGGAUACCUGCUGCACAGUGAGGAGCACGUUACACCCUUUCGAAUCGUGGGAAGUAUUCCCUCUGGUCUGCCCAGCGUCAAGUGGCCACCAACAUCGCUAAGCGCCAACGAAACCAUUGAUGGCACCUCAGAGUCUUUCCUGGAUAUGGUACAUAGCAUGGGCUCUGGAUUGAUAGUGAUACCUCUGAUCUCGCUCAUGGAGAGUAUUGCAAUAGCCAAAGCUUUCGCCUACGGCAAGCCAAUUGAUGCAUCACAAGAGUUAAUUGCCAUUGGCACGGCCAAUAUACUAAAUUCCUUUGUACAAGGAUUUCCGGGAACCGGAGCAUUGAGCCGUGGUGCUGUCAACAACGCCAGCGGCGUGAGGACACCACUGAGCAAUAUAUAUUCUGGAUCAUUAGUCAUUAUAGCUCUACUUUACUUAACCCCUUACUUUUACUUUAUACCCAAGCCUACACUGGCCGCUAUUAUAAUAGCUGCUGUGGUUUUCAUGGUCGAAAUCAAAGUCAUCAAGCCCAUGUGGCGAGCUAAAAAAAGCGAUUUAGUGCCUGGCCUUGGAACCUUCAUCGCUUGCCUGGUCUUACCGCUGGAAUGCGGAAUUUUAGUUGGCAUCGGCAUUAAUGUCGUAUUUAUAUUGUACAAUGCUGCUCGUCCUAAGCUCAGUAUGGAGUUACUUUUAACCGAAUCGGGCAUUGAAUACCUGAUGAUUACGCCCGACCGCUGUUUGAUAUUUCCAUCUGUCGAAUAUGUACGGAAUUUGGUCAACAAGCACUCCCAGCGUCAGAAUGUGCCCGUCGUCGUGGAUGCCUCGCAUAUCUAUGGAGCUGACUUUACCACGGCUACUGUUAUAGAUUCGCUUAUUAACGACUUCAAAGAACGACAACAGCUCCUAUUCUUCUACAAUCUAAAACCCAGUAUUUGCGCUCUUUUUAAGCAAGUAUCGGCGGCCCAAUUUGUGGUGUACUAUCAGGAACAACAGCUAGAGAAUCUAUUAAAAGAACAUCAGUAUCACAAUAAACCCACUUAACUAUUUACGUUUUAAUGUCAAUUUAGUCUAACUGUUAUUUUUAAUAAAUAUUUAUUCAUUAUAUC